UACUUCCCGGGUUUACAGCGCCAUCUGGGGGCAAUUUCCGACCACAAAUUUCAGAAAUUCUUGCGUCCUAUUUGCACCCAUCAGUAAACAAUUUUAAGUAUUACGUACCAAUUAGUGUGUUUAACUAUCCGACUGUCUUAAUUAGCCCCAAAAACAAAUAACUCAGCAUGACCCCGAGGCUAACAGAGUGACUCAUAAUUUUGACAGCUUUUCAGUAAACAAAAAAGUACGUAUAAUCCAGUGUGCUAAUUUUCCGAAAUAAUUCAAUGACGUAACACUCUUUUUUAGAGAUGUCGUACCCUCCACCUGGUGGACAGCACCCUGGGCCUUACCCUACACCCUACAAUGGUCAGUAUCCACCGAUGCCCCCGGGUCAGGGCUAUGGAACGCCGCCGCCGCCCGGCUAUGGCCCCCCUCCGGGGUACGGACCGCCGCCUCAGGGGUACCCCCCAGGGCAGUACCCACCCCCAGGGCAAUACCCGCCCCCAGGACACUAUGGGCCUCCACCAGUGAUCAAUCAACCGAUGGGGCCAGGUCCUGGAGGUGCACCAGGUGGCUGGAUGAAUAUGCCGCAAGGACAAGUCAACUGCCCUCCCGGAUUGGAAUACCUUACUAUGAUUGACCAAUUGCUAGUCCACCAAAAAGUCGAAUUAUUGGAAGCUCUCACUGGAUUCGAAACCAAAAAUAAAUUUACUGUGAAAAACAGCUUAGGCCAAAAAGUAUAUUACGCCGUCGAAGACUCCGAUUGUUUAACUCGAAACUGUUGCGGUCCAAUUCGGCCGUUCGACAUGAACAUUUUAGACAAUUACAAAAACGAAGUGAUUCAUUUGCACCGUCCUUUAGCGUGUGAUUCUUGUUGUUUCCCGUGCUGCCUCCAAAGCAUAGAAGUUUCAGCGCCUCCUGGCACAGUUGUAGGAAGUGUGGAGCAGGAAUGGAGCAUCUUUUGCCCAAGUUUCGCGAUUAAAAAUCCAAGUGGCGAAACGGUUCUCCGAAUAGAAGGACCGUUUUGUACGUUCAGUAUUUGUGGAGACGUUGAAUUUAAGAUAAUGUCUGCUGAUGGUAACACACAAGUGGGAAAAAUUUCCAAACAGUGGUCGGGUCUUAUCAGAGAAAUGUUUACCGAUACUGAUUAUUUUGGGAUAACGUUUCCAAUGGACUUGGACGUAAGAAUGAAAGCUGUUAUGCUAGGAGCCUGCUUUUUAAUUGAUGCUAUGUUCUUUGAAAAGUCGAGAAACAAAGAAGAGGAUUCUCCAGGCAUGCUUUAAUUUUUGUGCAUUUAUGUGAUUGUGUGGUUAAUUUUUAUUUUAAGCGUCGUUGCACAAUGUAUUUUUUAUUGUUGAAUUUAUAAAGACGUGUCAAUUUAAUAUUAUUAACUGAUGCUUAGAAAAUGGCCUUCCCGACUAUAAAUUAAUAUAUUAUAUAUAUUCUUAAUACUAUAACUAACUGUUUACAUAUUAUAUUCUCGUAAUAAUUGUACAAUUUACCAAUAUAACGUUACCAUUA